AUCCCCGGGAGGCGUUUACGGCUGCACACAUGGACGCUCGGGAAGGCCGUGGUGGCCUCCUCCAGCUUUUGGGGACCCCUCGUUCCCCCGGGGCUGACUGGAUCGCCCGCGUAAAUCUCUCUUCCUCUCUGCGGCAGUUUCCGUGACCUCUGCUUGCCCCGAGUGUUCCCUCAGCCGUAUAACUACUUAAGAGGUCUGUGGGAGCAGGACAGUAGCUUCCUGGCGCCAGUGCCGUUGUUCAGGCAAAUUUACUACGAUUUCUCACAGAAUGACAGCUCUUGGUUUGUCUCCCACAUUUGCUUUGUCCACUCAGGAGCCUGCCUAUAUCCAGGAGUUAGAAAUUCCUCAUCCUUCAAAAGACCGUUCCUAUCCCCAGGAUUUGGACCUGUUUGCGUGUAAUGAGCUGGAAACUCACCUGCUCACCAACAUUGGUUCCCAGGAAUCGGUGACUUUCCAGGAUGUGGCUGUGGACUUUACUGAGAAGGAGUGGCCCUUGCUGGAUUCCUCUCAGAGAAAACUGUACAAAGACGUAAUGUUGGAGAAUUACAACAACCUCGCCUCAGUGGGGUACCAGGUUGGCAAACCCAGCCUCAUCUCCCACUUGGAGCAAGAAGAGGAGUCGAGGACGGAGGAGAGGGGGAUUCAGCCAGGCACGUGUCCCGACUGGGAUACUCCAUCUAAAAUCAAAUGGUCAAUCCUUAUGGAAGAUAUUUUUGGGAAGGAAGUAUCCAGUGGUGUGACAAUGGAAAGAACUAGUCUUGGAGAGAAAUCCACUGAAUAUACUCACCUGUUUGACACCUUCAGUACAGGUGCUCAUCUUGCUCAGCAAAUGGGAAAGCAUACAGGCAAGAGACCUUAUCACCGCCGGGAUUAUGGGGUUGCUUUUAAGAACAGGUCACACCUAACGCAACAUGUGAGCAUUUACAGUGGGAGAAAGAUGCAUGAAUGUCAUCAGUGCCAAAAAGCCUUCACCACAAGUGCUUCCCUUACACGGCACAGGAGAAUACACACCGGGGAGAAACCUUAUGAGUGCAGUGACUGUGGGAAAGCGUUCAAUGAUCCCUCCGCCCUCAGGAGUCAUGCAAGAACUCACCUUACAGAGAAGCCCUUUGAUUGCAGUCAGUGUGGAAAUGCAUUUCGAACCCUCUCCUCCCUGAAGAUACACAUGAGAGUUCACACGGGCGAGAGGCCUUACAAGUGUGAUCAGUGUGGGAAGGCGUAUGGCAGGAGCUGCCACCUCAUUGCACACCGAAGAACACACACUGGCGAGAGACCCUAUGAAUGUCACGACUGUGGGAAAGCUUUCCAGCACCCCUCACAUCUCAAAGAGCACGUCAGGAAUCACACUGGAGAGAAACCUUAUGAAUGCACUCAGUGUGGAAAAGCCUUCCGAUGGAAAUCUAACUUUAAUUUGCACAAGAAGAAUCACAUGGUAGAGAAAACCUAUGAAUGUAAAGAAUGUGGGAAAUCCUUUGGGGAUCUUUUAUCACGGAGAAAACACAUGCGGGUUCAUAUUGUGAAGAAGCCUGUUGAGUGUAGGCAGUGUGGGAAAGCCUUCAGAAAUCAGUCCAUCCUUAAGACACACAUGAAUUCUCACACAGGGGAGAAACCUUACGGGUGUGAUCUGUGUGGGAAAGCCUUCAGCGCCAGCUCUAACCUGACUGCACACAGGAAAAUACACACUCAAGAGAGACGCUAUGAAUGUGCUGCCUGUGGGAAAGUCUUUGGUGAUUAUUUAUCUCGGAGGAGGCACAUGAGCGUUCAUCUGGUAAAGAAACGUGUUGAAUGUAGACAGUGUGGGAAGGCCUUCCGCAAUCAGUCGACCCUUAAGACGCACAUGAGAAGUCACACAGGCGAGAAGCCAUAUGAGUGUGAUCACUGUGGUAAAGCCUUCAGCAUAGGCUCAAACCUUAAUGUGCACAGGAGGAUACACACUGGAGAGAAACCCUAUGAAUGCCUGGCCUGCGGGAAAGCCUUCAGUGAUCAUUCCUCCCUCAGGAGUCAUGUGAAAACUCACCGUGGAGAAAAGCUUUAUGUUUCGUCAGUGUGGAAAAGGCUCCACUGACACAUUUUCUAUAAGAAACAUGCAAGCUCAGAUUGGAAGGUUUAAACCAUAGAUGGAAAGAAGGCAGGAAGCCUUUGUUAACUCCUGGGGCCCGAAAGUAUACAUGUCACUUGGGAAAACAUGUUUGAUAAUUAGGGAAAGACUUGAGCUUUUUCUCAUUACUGUGGAGAUUUGUGAGACUCACACUGGGGAAGAAAAUCUGUUGAUAGCAUGGUGAAGGCAGCAGUCUACGUUCUGAUCUUAACAAACUUGAGAGGUUGUGGGAGAAGCCCUUCGCUUGAUAUUUAAUGUUGACAUGGUGCUAAUACCACCUUGUACCUUCCGGGCAUAUGCGUCACCACACUAGGGAGAAUAUUUGUAAAUUCAUGAUCUGAGCAAAACUUCUCUGUCUCAGUAUAUUCCUGAUGAGAGAAGUCUAAAGAGAACUGUAAGUAGGUAUGUGGGAAGCAGUGUAAAUGGGUCAGCAAACUGGCCAGCUGUUUGUUUUUGUCUAUGACUCUCAAAUAAGAGUAGUUUUUAAUAUUUUUGAAGAAAAAUGUAACGAGACCACGUGUUCCCAAAAACCUAAAAUACUUGCUGUCCGAUCCUUUGCAGAAAAGCUUUGCCCAACUUUGGUCUACCCAUUUGAUGGUUCCAAAUGGGGUGAUUUUGCUCCUCAGGGGACAUUUAUCAAUAUCUGUUGAGACAUAUUUAGGCAUUGAAAUGGGGUUACAGGGGGUGCUACUGACGUGAUUGGAAAACAUCAGGCGUGCUGCUAAAUAUCCUACAGUGUGCAGGACAUCCCCCCCACCCCCCACCCCGCAACCAAGAAUUAUGUGCCCCAAAGUGUCAGUAUAGGUGAGUUAAGGAACCUAGACCUAAAACAAUCUCAAUUUUUAUGAAAUAGGGAUUCAUUACAAUUAGCUACUUAAAACUUAUAAUAAUCAACAUAAUUUAAGUAAAUAACAUAGGAACUCAACUCAGUAGACAGUUCUGUGUGGCGAUGAUUUCAGCCACAGCCCCCUUACUUGCACUUUCGAGAAUUCACAUCCCAAUGGAAUCUUCUAGUGAAUAUGGAAUUGCAUUUGUCAGUCUUCAUCAUGAAAACGCCCCCCAGCUUGUUAACUUUUAGCCUUUGUUUUUAAGGUUAUGCUCCUCUGAUCCUUAUGUCUCAUCACGAAAGGUUUGUAUGUGGUAUUUCUUACUAUAAUUUUACUCUUACAUGCUAAUUUCCUUUUUGUAACCGACUUGACCAGUGGACUAUGUGAAUCAUGUGUUGUGUGUAACUUGGUUGUUUUAAAUACCUGUUUGUAACAGUAACCAGUUCAGAUGUAUUGUGACUGCAGAGCAUGUCUUCAACAGAAACAUUUUAGAAUGUUUUCAACCUCCUGUCUGGCAGAGUGGCAAAUACUUCUAGUUGCUUCCCUGACGUUUCACCAUCAUCUCAAUGAAGAAAAUCCAAGAUUUGUCAGAUUAGAAAAGUGUGCUAAUUUUUUUUUUUAGAGAUUUAUUUAUUUAUGCAUACAAGAACCAGGGUAUAGGCCAGAGAUGUGGAGGGUGAGAGGAAUCACCAGAGAGUGGGGAACAGAACAGGCAGACUGACUGAAAUACAUAGCUGAGGGGAGCAGCGGGUGAGUCAGGAGAGGUCUGCUGUGCCAUGUGGGUGGCUCCCUGGCCAGCCGGGGAUCGAACUUAUGCUGCAGAGGUUGUGGAUUGCUUCAUAGUGCGGUGCUAAACCCAUUGUGCUGCCAGGGAGGCCCAAAAGUGUGCUAAUUUUUAAAAUAUCUUAGAGGUUUUCUUACUACUAGCAUAGUCCAUGUUCCACAGCCUGGCCAUUGGCAAGGAGGCAGCUGUCACUGUGUGGGCUGACAAAGCUCUUGAAAAAGGGUGGUUCUUCCUUAGAUUCAUAUAUAUAUGAAUCUCCUCAUCUUGGAAGGAGAUCCAGUACCUGCUGUUAAAUGGCCUGUCCUGUGGCCAUGAGGAUGCAAGCCACAGGGAAGGAGAAUGCUGCUGGAGUCAUGCCUGUCCUGCCUUUCCCAGUUGCUUUGCGUGUCUGCACCAGCCCUGGAUUUAUUAUUUCCACACCUCAGAUUAAUGAGAAAAAAAUAAAACCAAUCACUGGUUUAAGCUGCUGUGGAUAUCUCAUUGUUUCUCUGCUUCACAGUGUG